AUGUCCGAACCAACAACUAUGCAAAAAUUUGGUUGUGAAGCAGGUGCUUCAUUUUCAUUUACAGGUGAGAAGAAUGGUGCCAAUUUAGAGAAGAUCGGGGUGUGGCUGGGAGAAUGCCAGGUGAAGGCUGUCAAGGUUUGGCUUUCAGAUGGCAGAAGUGAAACCUUUGGACAACCAGCCGGACGGUAUAAAGAGUAUGCAUUCAAGUCUGGUGAGUGUUUCACCUCACUGUCCCUGUGGGGCAAUGGAGAAAAACGCCUUGGAGCCAUCAAAUUCAAGACCAACCAGGGUGGAGAUUUUUUUGCAAAAAUGACCAAACACUCACUACCAACAGAACAUCCCAUGGAUGUCGGCUCUGGGUUUUGUCUGGGAGUUGAGGGAGGAGCUGGUGCGGGUAUUACCCGCAUAGGAUUCAUGUUUCUCAAUGCAGUUCAAACAACAGUUCUCACCAAUGUCAACUAUCCCACUCUCCAGCAACUAAUACCAAAGGUGGCAGUGGAAGAGAUCAAAUCCAUGACUUACACAAAUGAUACCUCCGCUAAUCAAAAGCAAACAGUCGAAACUUCAAAGAAAGUGACCAAAAAAUCCUCAUGGUCCAUGAGUAACAGCUUUACAGCAACAUUUAAUGUGGAAGUGAAGGCAGGGAUUCCAGGGAUUGUAGAACUUUCUGCAUUUCAUUAAAUAAACAAUGGUAUACAUUUUCUGUUUCCUGUAUGUCCUGCUGUGAGGAAAACAUUACUAAUCUAUACUAAUUUAGCACAC